AUGUAUAGAAGGAUUUUAUGGGAUUCGCUGGUUAAGCAUUUCUAUUCUGUUAAUAAUUCUCCGUGGUUGAUUCUUGGGGAUUUCAAUGUUACUAAAGAGCUUAUUGAUUCUUCGGCUGGAAAUUCUAGAAUCUCGAAAGGAAUGGUUGAAUUCAAUGAUUGUAUGAACCACAUUGAAGUUCAAGAUAUUAACAGAAGUGGAUUGCAUUAUACUUGGAAUCAAAGACCGAAUGGGCUAAAUGGAGUUCUGAAAAAACUGGAUCGUGUGCUGGGAAAUUUCAAAUUUAUUGAGGAUUAUCCAGAUGUUUUUGCUAAUUUUCAGCCGUAUAAAUGUUCUGAUCAUAGUCCUAUGAUCAUUAAAUUUCCUGUUAAAAAGAAGUUCAGAGUUCGGCCUUUCAAGUUUGUUAAUUCCCUCACACUGCUGGAUGAGUUUCUUCCGUUAGUAGCUAAUGUUUGGAAAACUGAAGUUGAGGGUUUUGGCAUAGAUGAUUUGAGUAGGAUUCAAUUUGAGCUUGAUAGAGAUCCGGGUAAUGAAGACUUAAGAAUUGAAGAGAGUUUUUAUCUUCAAUCUUUUCUAAAUGCUAGUAGAGAAGAAGAAUGUUAUCUAAAGCAAAGAGCUAAAGUUCAGUGGCUAAAAGAAGGAGAUUCUAAUUCUAAUUAUUUUCAUAAAGUUGUUAAGGGGAAAAUAAAUAGGAAUAGAAUUGAAAAUAUUCUUGAUAGCAAUGGCAAUUGGAAAGAAGGGGAGGAGGCUUCUAGAGUAAUUGUUGAUUAUUUUAGAGAGUUUCUUGGUGUUAAUCAUGAGGUUAUUUCCCUUGUGUGUCCAAAUAAUCUCUUUACUAAUCGUCUUGACAACAAUCAAGCUCUCGACAUGGUUAAUGAAGUCACAAAUGAAGAGAUUAAAAGAGCUUUAUUUGAUAUAGAUGAUGACAAAGCGCCGGGGCCAGAUGGCAAAAUUAUUGUUAAUCGGAUUCGAGAUCAUCUUGGUUGUUUGGUUUCGGAUAAUCAAUCAGCUUUUAUUCCAGGGCGAACUAUCUUGGAUAAUGUCCUGUUAUCUCAAGAGCUGGUUAGAGGAUAUCAUAUUGAUCGGGGUUAUGCUCGUUGUGCCUUAAAGAUAGACAUUCAAAAAGCUUAUGAUACGGUUAAUUGGAAGUUUUUGCAGCAUAUUUUGAAAGAAUUUGGUUUUCACAGCUCUAUGAUUAAGUGGAUCAUGAACUGUGUUACUACUUCUUCGUUCAUGAUUAACAUAAAUGGAAGAUUUCAUGGGUUUUUUCAAGGCAAGAGAGGCCUGCGUCAGGGCUGUCCGUUAUCUCCAUAUCUUUUUACUCUUGUUAUGGAAGUUUUCAACCUCAUGCUCAAAAGGUGUAUUCGGGACAAUAAUGGUUUCAAGUAUCAUUGGAGAUGUGAAAAACAGAAGAUUACACAUCUGUGUUUUGCUGACGAUUUGAUGGUUUUUUAUCAUGGUGAUUCGUAUUCCAUUAAAAUCAUUAAAAAAGCUUUGGAUGAAUUUGCAAAUGCUGCGGGUCUUGUGCCAAACCUUGCUAAAAGCCACAUAUUUUUUGGGAAUGUUAAGGGGCCGUUUAAAAGGAAAAUUUUGAGGAUCCUCCCGUUUGUUGAAGGGAAAUUGCCCAUGAAGUAUCUUGGUAUUCCUUUGGUGUCUACUAAGUUAUUUAUUAGAGACUGCAAGGGUCUUGUUGAUAAAGUGAAGCAUAAAGUCAAUGACUGGAAGAAUAAGUCUCUAUCUUACGCGGGUAGACUCCAAUUAAUUAGUGCUGUGCUUUCGUCUCUCCCUGUGUAUUGGGCUUCAGCUGUGUUAUUACCAAAGGGCACCACUAAGGAAAUUGAAAAAAUUAUGAGGAAUUUCCUUUGGAAUAGUGGUCAAAAUGGAAAGGGAGUUGCUAAGGUGUCUUGGAUUGAGAUUUGCAAACCUAAGAACUCUUUAUGGGUCAAAUGGGUUAAGUUCUAUCUUCUCGAAGGGAGAAGCUUCUGGAAUCAGCUUGGAAAUGGAAAGGAUACAAACAUGUGGUUUGAUAACUGGCACCAAUUGGGUCCUUUGGGUUAUGUUCUUUCGCAUAGGGAAAUUACUAAUGCUGGAUAUAACAUAAGGGAUACAGUUAGUGAUGUUAUUGGUGAAGGGAAUUGGAGUUGGCCUGCUGAAUGGCUUGAAAUGAUCCCUCAGUUAGGUGAUUUUCUUAUGCCAAGACUUAUUGCAGAGAAAAAGGAUGAGGUUCAUUGGAGGAAUCAUAAAGGUACAAUUGUUCCAUUUGCAAUAAAUCAGGUUUCUUCUUCUCUUAUAUACCAUGAGUCAAUUGUCAAUUGGUACCACCUGGUUUGGUUCCAAAACAGAAUCCCAAGUCAUUGUUUUAUACUUUGGCUUGCUAUUCUGGGAAGACUUAGAACGCAGGACAGAAUGAAGAAAUGGAAAGAUUCUAAUGGGUUUAGCUGUGUUUUUUGCAAUUCUCAAUUGGAUUCUCAUUCUCAUCUAUUUUUUGAAUGUAAUUAUACAAAAGAAGUGUGGAGUUUGAUGAAAAAUAAGGUGAAAAUUAAUCAUACAUCUGACAGCUGGUUUGAUAUCAUCCGUGAACUUCAAUGUUCCUUAAAAAAGAAAAACAUCAAUGAUUUCAUCAAAAAAAUUGCCUUGGCGGCUUCUGUUUAUCACAUUUGGAAUGAAAGAAAUAAAAGAGUGUUUGGGAGAAUGAACAGUUCAGUGGAAAAUGUCGUCAAGAUUAUCACAGAAGAUAUUAGAUUGAAGAUUUUUAGCCUUAAAAUGGGUUAUCUUGGGCUCAAUGAAGAAACGUGCAAGGAAUGGAAUGUUCCUGUUAAAAGGCUGUUUGGAAUUCGGAUUAAUGAAGGAGUGAUUGCUGUAAUCUUUGUCAUGAAUGAUAAGUUCAAUUUUAUGAGAAGGGAUAAGAGCAUGCGGUUUAGGGAAUGGUAUCACAGAGAAGGAAAAAACAAGAAACAGGGGCAAGCUGGGAUUUUGUUAAAAGAUAGCGAACGUGGUUUUUGGGUGGAGGGGUACUUUGGAUUCUCCACAAUUGUGGGUGCCACUACUGGUUCGAUCAGUAAGUGGUGGGAUAUUCACCCGUCAAUAACCAGGCUUGGAGAUGGGAUUUAUGUUAAAAGAUUGUGGAUGAUGAUGGGUGAUGAUGACAAUUGGAAUGGAAUGAUGGAAAAGCGAUAUAAUCAAAGAAGGUCGGUUAAAGAGAGCAAGAAUUGGAAGAUUGUGAAUAGAGAUAAUAGAGAAGAUGAUAUUUUGGCUUUUUAUAGCAACAUACUUUUGAGGUACAUAAAAGAUAAUAAAGAUACAAGGGUGGAGAGGAGAAAGAAGAUUGCUAUUAUGGAGUCCUUUGGCAAUGGGAAGGAAGAAACUAUGUGCAUUUUUAUUUGGAAUUCUUGGGAUAUUGGUGUUCAUAGGACUAGCGAUAUUCUUGACACUUGGAUGAGGAGCAUGUAUAGAGAUGGCAUUUUUGAAGAGUGGAAGAAGAGAUGGGGUGUUCAUUUCGAGUGCGAGCGGAAAUUUGAUGACCACUCCGGGUUGUGGAGUUGGAAUAGAAUAAUUUGUACUUUCUUUGUUUAUAUUGUUGCUAGGGUACAUGGGUGGAGGCAUGGGUUUACAAGAUUUGUCUGGAACUUCAACUAUAAAAGGAGGCUCACACCACCUUCAUUUGGACACAACUCCAUUUCUCUCUCAAAUCUCCCUCUCUCCCUCUAUCAGUUCAGCUCAAAACAGGAGGCAAACAAACCACUGCCACCACUCGGCCACCCAAUUCCAUCACCCGGAAAAACCCACCUCCACCUUGGGUUGCUGCUGAAAUCGAUCCCCAAGAGUCUCUCCACCUCCCCUGCAUCGAACCCCACCGUUUUAAGCAAGAAACCGGCGGCAGAAGACCACCAGAGUAGCUUCCUUCCACCUCCGUCGCCAUCACUAUUACAGCCUCAAACCACCGCCUCCACAUGCUGAGAUGGCCCCACGAAAGCAACCAGGAGUUCGUCCACCGCCAACUCCCCAAGGCAACCCGAUGAGAACCCCACCAGUAACUCAAACAUCAGUGGAAACUCCAAACCAAGGAGGAGACCCAGAAGUAACAAAUGUAAACCAAACAUUCCAAAUGAAUUCCGCCAUGAUUCAGAACAUGCUCGCACAAGGAAUUGCUACGGCUUUGGCAACAUACGAGGCAGCCCGAAAUGGAAACACUGGAAAUAG